GUCUACACGGACUUCUGACUCCCCCUUCUCUGAUACUCUGUGACCUGGACGGAAUCGCAUCCUAUUGGCGCACCCAUGGUUGACCUACCGAAGUGUAGGAGGGUCAGCCGAGCCCAACCACUCCUUGACAUUGUACGAAAUACACUAAACGAUAUAAGGAGUUUCGCCAAAAAAGACCAAACCCCUGAGAUCACACGGAUCUGCCCAUAUGAGCCCGGGGAGGAUGCUAGGACAGUUUGUUUAUUGACCAAGGAAGGCAAAAAUACCGCACCAGCUACGCUGUUUAAGAAACUGCUCGCUCUCCGAUAUCUAUCAACGCAAUACGAGAUCUGGCUAGGACAAAAAUCAGAGCCAGCUACAGUCAAUUUCCACCUACCUGACAACCUUGGUUUGCGGCCAACCUUUCUGCUAGAGCAAAAUCUUCCCAACACGCCUCUUGCUCGAAAAUGGCUCGAGACAGGGCAAAAGCUUCUUCGAAUAGAGCGAGAGGUUGGCUUCCAAGGUAUAUCUUUUGUAUUUAUUUUUGUUCUGGCCAGGUUCCCACACUUCUACGAGUCUGAAGUAACGAACGCUAUUUGCCUACUGAAGAAUGGAGCAUAUCCUGAGAUCAUAUGGCUCGCAAUCAGGGUUACCCCAGAACUUAUAGAUUACCAAGAUUACUAUACAUUUAAAAUGGAGUCCUUAUCAGCCGUCUCUCCUACCUCCCCUCAGUGAAGAUAGAUUUUCCCAAGCCUAUUUGCCGCAUACCAGUCAAGCGUACGAUAUAUCGGUCAUAUUGUCAUGAAUGGAAGUGCUAAAGGUGAAGAGAUAUCAUGAAGCAUUGGACGUUUCGAGAAGCCUUGCCAGACCAUGCGUACUCCUCCCUUUGUUGAUGGGCGAACACGGAGACCACCGGAGACCAAUAGUGUCUCACUUGGCUCAACGACUAUUUCAUGUAUAUCCUUUUCAGUUAUACCUUGAAACUGUUCCAUACUGAGGUUAUGGGUGCAUGAAUACAGACCGAAUAGCCCAUUACCCCAGUGCGCCGACUCUCUUAGCGGACGCAGGACGGAUAUCGCAUCACGUGAUGGAUGUGCUGUCGCUACUUCGAGGAUUGGAAUAUCGGUGCCUAUAAACUCAACAAUCACGGGCCCUUGUUCCUUCAAAUCGUGGAAUGGCUUCUCCAGUGUCCUUUCAAUCAGAGUUAUGACCUGCUUGUCCAAGUUCAAAAAGAUUUCACAUUCUCUUCCUCCCUUACAGUAUUGAAAUGACUGGGAGACGCUCUUCGGACUUCGCUCGUAAACCUUUUCCACUUCCUUUACAACAUCCUCUCGCGGGGGCUCGGUACCGAGACACAAGUAACCCAGUGGCUCCAUCAUCACUAUCUGUGCUUCUUCCACGGAGAAUUUCUGGGUGCCCACC